GGGCAGGGAACGGACCAAGAGUUUUCAAGUGUUAACACGUACAUUUUGGAGAUCGCAAGUUUAGCAUCCCGCGAUGUAACGGACUGGUUUUGUAGUGUAAAAAAGGCGACAAAAGCAACACAUUUACUGUGCCCAAGGAUGAGGAAUCUUCUAGUUCUGAUUGGUUAUUGAUCACUAUAAUCUGUGUUGGGUGUGUUGUCUUCCUCUCGUUGAUCAUCAUGGGCAUCAUAUGUUGGAGAAAUCGAUCACAACGAUUGGCAACUAGGGAGACAGACUUGGUUCCAGAAACGACAAAACCGUCUACAGUCGACCAGACUAAUGUGUCAUUAGAUGAUCCAAGAAGCGAACGACGGGAAUCUAGGUUAUCUUUCAUGAAAGGGCGGAGGUCCUCAAAGAGUCCAAGUCAUAAAUCCUCUAGUUCAUAUUCCAAGGAAGGGCAGAGACACGGCACUUCAAAGAAAGGAAGUAUAGAUAUAAGCGAACGACGGGAAUCUAGGUUAUCUUUCAUGAAAGGGCGGAGGUCCUCAAAGAAUCCAAGUCAUAAAUCCUCUAGUUCAUAUUCCAGGGAAGGGCAGAGACCCGGCACUUCAAAGAAAGGAAGUAUAGAUAUAAGCGAACGACGGGAAUCUAGGUUAUCUUUCUUGAAAGGGCGGAGGUCCUCAAAGAGUCCGAGUCAUAAAUCCUCUACUUCAUAUUCCAGGGAAGGGCAGAGACACGGCACUUCAAAGAAAGGAAGUAUAGAUAUGCAAAACUAUAACAUAUCUGAUGACGAACGGCUGUCUACAACGGGUGAGAGCAAACACCAAACGAAAUCAAAGGAAGAAACACCAGAAUCGCCCAAACCAGGCUCGACGCAAAACUAUGAAAACUCUGAUGACGAACGGCUGUCUACAACGGGUGAGAGCAAACACCAAACAAAAUCAAAGGAAGAAACACCAGAAUCACCCAAACCAGGCUCGACACAAAACUAUGAAAACUCUGAUGACGAACGGCUGUCUACAACGGGUGAGAGCAAACACCAAACAAAAUCAAAGGAAGAAACACCAGAAUCGCCCAAACCAGGCUCGACGUAUGUGCAGCAAAACUAUGAAAAAUCUGAUGACGAACGGCUGUCUAUAACGGGUGAGAGCAAACACCAAACGAAAUCAAAGGAAGAAACACCAGAAUCGCCCAAACCAGGCUCGACGUAUGUGCACAGUGAUGAGGAGCCUGAAGGAAAAACUCUAGAGGAGAAAUCCAGGCAAAACAAUGAAUACUCUUCAUUGGACGUGUCUGAGAAUGAAAGGCUGUCUACAACGGGUGAGAGCAAACACCAAACGAAAUCAAAGGAAGAAACAUCAGAAUCGCCCAAACCAGGCUCGACAGAUGAACGACAAGUCAAAAGUGAAUCUGAGGGAAAAUCUAGAUCAUCUUUCGAGGAAGAGGAAGGACAGAUACCUAUAACUUCAAAGUCCCCAGAGGAACCGAGCGACGAGACAAAACCAUAAAUCCUCAAAGAGUCAUAGAGACAAUUCCUCAGAAAGACGGGGUCAUAAAUCCCCGGAGUGACGCUGACACAAAUCCUUGGAAGAACCGUGGAAAAGAGAUACCGUCCUCACGUGUAAAUCACGUGUUAGUCUUUUCGUUACUUGAUGAUCGUAAUGUUCUGUAAUGCAAAUUUAAUGGGGAGGGGGUAAAUAAAGUGUAAAGACAGAAAGACGUUUAGCAAUAGAUAUAUUAUGUUAUGAUGAAAAGUUUCACUGGUUAAAUCGCUUGGAAAACAAGUGAUUGCAGUCUGUUUGAGCAGUGACUAUAUUACCGAUAUGUAAUUUUUUUUAAUUCCCUCGAAAUUGAGGGCGAAGUGAAUUUUGCUCUUUCGUAAUUGCUUUCUGUAAAUACUGAUAGGACAUUUUGUUCUAACUACUAAGCACAUAGUGUUCAUGUGUGGCUUACGGAUAUCGGGAAUUAGUUUCUCCACCAGCACCUCUCGCCUGAUAAUAAAUAAAUAAUAAUAAUAAAUACAUUAUAGAAUAAUA